ACUGCACUUUCCCUUAUUUUCCCAGAAAACCACUACAUUUUGCCUCUCCAUUCUGUUCUUGUCCUGUUCCAUUUUUCCGUCUUGCUGUACAUGGCGUCGGCUGCAGCUGAGGGGAGGAGCCGGGUGUUGGUGAUAGGCGGCACGGGCUACAUCGGCCGAUUCAUCGUCGCCGCCAGCGCGCGCGAGGGCCACCCCACCGCCGUCCUCGUCCGCGACGCCGCGCCCGCCGACCCAGCCAAGGCCGCCGUCCUCCAGGGAUUCCGGGAUGCCGGCGUCACCAUCGUCAAGGGUGAUAUGUAUGAUCAUGAGAGCCUGGUGACAGCCAUCAAAUCAGCAGAUGUUGUGAUCUCGGCCGUGGGUUACGCACAGCUACCGGAUCAAACUCGCAUUAUCUCGGCAAUUAAGGAAGCUGGGCAUGUAAAGAGAUUUUUCCCAUCAGAGUAUGGUAAUGAUGUGGAUCGUGUACAUGCAGUCGAACCUGGAAAGUCAGUGUUCGGUGGGAAAGCUCGUAUAAGGCGUGCCAUUGAGGCUGAGGGGAUUCCCUACACAUAUGUCUCUUCCAACUUCUUUGCUGGCCGUUUCUUGCCAGGCCUUGCACAGAUUGGGGUCACCGAGCCUCCAACUGAGAAGGUUCUCAUUAUGGGUGAUGGAAAUGUAAAAGGAGUCUUUGCCGCGGAAGAAGAUGUGGGAACCUACACUAUUAAAGCUGUAGAUGAUCCAAGGACCCUGAACAAAAUCCUGUAUCUGAGGCCGCCAAGCAACACUUUGUCCCAUAACGAGCUUGUCUCACUUUGGGAGAAGAAACUUGGUAAGACACUUGAGAGGGUGUACCUCCCAGAAGACGAACUCCUGAAGAAGAUUCAAGAGUCGCCAGCACCGCUGAAUGUAGCACUGGCAAUCAGCCACUCUGUCUGGUUGAAGGGGGACCACACUAACUUUGAGAUCGACCCAUCAUUUGGAGUUGAAGCCACUGAGCUUUACCCCGAUGUGCAUUACAUUACCGUGGAUGAAUACCUAAAUAGGUUCCUUUAAACUCCUAAAUCUUAUAUUCACCAAUAUUCAUAUACUUUGAAUAAAUGUUAGAGGUUAUGUAUUUUUAUUAGAAUGGCACGUGAAUUACGUAAUCAGAGUGUGACCUCAAUAAUGUGAGGAAUGCAUCUCAUGGUGGCUAUGCAUUCCCUUGAGCUUAGAAUAUAUAAACUGAGGUUGUAUAAAUUUGGAAUUUUUAGCUUGAUGGAACAUGAUACCAUAUGUAACAGCCCAGGGGUUUACGCCAAAUUAGAAAUUGUUUGUUAUUUUA